CUGUCUCAUCCAGUUCCUUUGCGGUCCUCUUCUUCAGCACAUGCCAAAGCUGUUCCUCACAGCCUGUGAGACAAGAGCAUCUUGGAUGUAGGACAAUGGAAGAAUUAGAUGCCUUAUUGGAGGAACUGGAACGCUCCACCCUUCAGGACAGUGAUGAAUAUUCCAACCCAGCUCCUCUUCCCCUGGAUCAGCAUUCCAGAAAGGAGAGUAACCUUGACGAGACUUCAGAGAUCCUUUCUGUUCAGGAUAACACAAGUCCCUUGCCGGCGCAGCUCGUGUAUACCACCAAUAUCCAGGAGCUCAAUGUCUACAGUGAAGCCCAAGAGCCAAAGGUAUCACCACCACCUUCUAAAACGUCAGCAGCUGCUCAGUUAGAUGAGCUCAUGGCUCACCUGACUGAGAUGCAGGCCAAGGUUGCAGUGAGAGCAGAUGCUGGCAAGAAACACUUACCAGACAAGCAGGAUCACAAGGCCUCCCUGGACUCAAUGCUUGGGGGUCUGGAGCAGGAAUUGCAGGACCUUGGCAUUGCCACAGUGCCCAAGGGCCAUUGUGCAUCCUGCCGGAAACCGAUUGCUGGGAAGGUGAUCCAUGCUCUAGGGCAAGCAUGGCAUCCUGAACAUUUUGUCUGUACUCACUGCAAAGAAGAGAUCGGCUCCAGUCCCUUCUUUGAGCGGAAUGGCUUGGCCUACUGCCCCAACGACUACCACCAACUUUUUUCUCCACGCUGCGCUUACUGUGCUGCUCCCAUCCUGGAUAAAGUGCUGACAGCAAUGAACCAGACCUGGCACCCAGAACACUUCUUCUGCUCUCACUGUGGAGAGGUGUUUGGUGCAGAAGGCUUUCAUGAGAAGGACAAGAAGCCAUAUUGCCGAAAGGAUUUCUUAGCCAUGUUCUCACCCAAGUGUGGUGGCUGCAAUCGUCCAGUGUUGGAAAACUACCUUUCAGCCAUGGACACUGUCUGGCACCCAGAAUGCUUUGUUUGUGGGGACUGCUUCACCAGUUUUUCUACUGGUUCCUUCUUUGAACUGGAUGGACGUCCAUUCUGUGAGCUCCAUUACCAUCACCGCCGGGGAACGCUCUGCCAUGGAUGUGGACAGCCCAUCACUGGCCGUUGUAUCAGUGCCAUGGGGCACAAGUUCCAUCCUGAGCACUUUGUGUGUGCUUUCUGCCUGACACAGUUGUCGAAGGGCAUUUUCAGGGAGCAGAAUGACAAGACCUAUUGUCAACCUUGCUUCAAUAAGCUCUUCCCACUGUAAUGCCAACUGAUCCACAGCCUCUUCAGGUUCCUUAUACAAUUUAAACCAAGAGAGGAGAGGAAAGGGUAACUUUGCUGUUCUGACCUUCUGCUUAAUAGUCUUAUAGAAAAAGGUGAUGAGCAAAUAAACGAACUUCUAGACUUUACAUGACUAGGCUGAUAAUCUUAUUUUUGAGGCUUCUAUACAGUUAAUUCUAUACAUUCUCUUUCUCUCUUCUCCAAUCAAGUACUUGGAGUUAGAUUUAGGUCCUUCUAUCUAGUCCCUCUACAGAUGUAUUUUCCACUUGCAUAAUUCAUACCAACACUGGUUUCCUUAGGUUUCUCCAUUUUCACCUCUACUGAUGGCCCUACUCAGAUCUUCUCUAAUUUGGUCCUGAUACUUGUCUCUUUUCAAGUUUUCCCAUGUCCCUGUGGCUCGCUGUCUUACAAUCACUGCUGUGAAAUCAUGAUACCACUCCUACCUCUUUGCAUCUUCCUUCAGUGUAUUUUUGUUUUUCAAGAGGAAGUAGAUUUUAACUGGACAACUUUAAGUACUGACAUCAUUGAUAAAUAAAUCAGCUUGUGGUUUCAA